CAAUUUCAUUCAUUCAAUUUCAGUUUGUUGUAUGUAUUCAGCUUUUGUCAAUUUUUCUUUCUCGUUGUCUUAUAUUAAAUUCGGUAUUUUCUAAAUUUUUAUAGAAUGUCUCUUUAUUUCAUUGUACUUUGAGAUCUAUUUUAUUGAUAACUAUUUUAACUAUUUUACUGUUACCUCAGUAACAAAGAAUAAUACACCAAAUGAACAGAAUAACAUACAACUGAAAAUGGAGGUUUCUAACAACACCGACGCUGUCAACCUUGGCGUUGGUGAAGUGGAAGCAGAAAUCGGUGAAGAAUUGAAACAAUUGGAAGAAGGAAAAGAUUUUGACACACGAAGUGAAGUUUCCAGUUCGUCGUCUAGUGAUUCUAGCACCCCUAGUAUCAGUUCCGUCAGUACUAAAUCUAAAGAGAGACGCAUAAAUCGUAAGCGCACCAAAUCUAAAAGCCAUUCCCCUGUACAAAAUAAGAGAAGAUGCGUCACGGGUACUAAUAAGAUAAAAACAUAUGAUUAUAUGACCAAGUUGAAUUACUUGUUUAGAGAUACAAGAUUUUUUCUGAUAAAGUCAAAUAAUGCUGAAAACAUCACAUUGUCAAAGGCGAAAGGUGUGUGGUCGACUUUACCACAGAAUGAAGCAAAUUUGAACCAAGCUUACAGAGAGUCGAGAAAUGUCUUAUUAAUAUUCUCAGUUAAAGAGAGUGGCAAGUUUGCUGGUUUCGCUCGUUUAGGAAGUGAGUCACGUCGCGAUGUUCCUCCAAUAUCUUGGGUGUUGCCUCCUGGUUUAUCUGCUAAAGUACUGGAUGGGGUGUUCAAGGUAGAUUGGAUUUGUCGUAAAGAGUUACCUUUUAGUAGUACACUCCACUUGUACAAUCCAUGGAAUGAAGGUAAACCUGUAAAAAUUGGAAGAGAUGGACAAGAGAUAGAGCCUAAAGUUGCAGAAGAAUUAUGUAGAUUGUUUCCAGAAGAUGAUGGCAUUGAAAUGACACCUAUAUUACGGAAAUCAAAGGAAGCCUCUAAGAAAGGUUAUUUAAAAAGUGGAGGUAGCUACAGAACAUAUAGAGCUCCUUUAUCUACUAGGGGUUCUAAUUAUAGAAGCCGUUUAAACUUAUCUUCAAGAAGCAGACGAAAGGCUUUUAUGUCACCAAGAAGUAGGUUGGGUGCAAAUGCAUAUAAGAGAAGAUCUCCAUCUCCAUAUAUGCGUGACCGUUUACCGACAUGGUUUGGACGUAACCGUGAUGGAUACAAUAGUAGUGGAGCUGCUGCAGCUGAGGCUUAUGUUGCUGAGUAUAUGCGGUCUAUGCAUCAUCAAUUGCCUCCUCUGCCUUAUGUUCCACCACCAGGCUUUAGUGGGGCAUUGUCAUCUUAUGAUAAUCAUCCUCCUCCCCUACCACCACCACCACCACGCUACUAUGAUAUUACUGAGUAUGCCCGUUCAGUGCUUGUUUAUGAUAAAAGAUCUUAUGAAAGAUCUGUUGAUGAGUUUUUGUGGCGCACUUCAGAUCGUUCUCGGGGGCGCAGUCGUGAUCGUGAUACCCAUAGGUCUUAUCGUGACCGUCGAUAAGAUUGUGGUUGACCACCGAUGUAUUAUUUCAUAAUUAAUAAUUAUUAAUAAAAAAAUUGUGUUUGAA